AUGAAAAGGAUGCAAUGCGCUCUUGAUGGCUUUGAUGAUGGAGGGGCCAUGAGUGAAGAGAUGCAGUGGCCUCUAGGAGCUGAGACUGUGCCCUGGCCGGCCUUCAGCGGUGGGGACCUCAGUCCUAACCCCAAUGGCAGUGCUCCUUCUCUGCCCCCAGGUGCCGAGGCCAGGCGGGAUCUGUGCUUUGAACAGGCUGUGAUCUUUAUCGAAGACGCGAUCCAGUAUCGCUCCAUUAACCACCGCAUGGACACCAGGUCGAUGUGGCUCUACCGAUGGUAUUACUCGGACGCCUGCCAGUGGAUUUUGGGCUUCAUCAUUUUCUUGAUCCUGUUUCUGGCUUUUAUUGAGACCCCGUCCUCGUUCACCAGCACCUCGGACGUCCGCUACCGCUCGCAGCCCUGGAACCCGCCCUGCGGCCUGACGGAGAGCGUGGAGGUCGUCUGCCUGCUGGGCUUCGCCACCGACCUCUCGGUAAAGAGCUACCUGGUUGGGUGGCCCCAGUUCCGGAAGAGCCUGUGGCUGCUGGCCUACCUGGUGGUGCUGGUCUUGUCUUUCGUGGACUGGAUGGUGUCGCUGAGUCUCGUCUGCCAGGAGCCCCUGCGGCUGCGCCGGCUCCUGCGGCCCUUCUUCCUGCUGCAGAACUCCUCCAUGAUGAAGAAGAUGCUCAAGUGCAUCCGGUGGUCGCUGCCGGAAAUGGCCAGCGUGGUGCUGCUGCUGGCGCUGCACCUCUGCGUCUUCACCAUGCUCGGGAUGCUGCUCUUCACCGGCAACAAGCUGACCUCGCUGCUGGUGCUGCUGACCACGGCCAACAACCCUGACGUCAUGGUUCCUGCGUACUCCAAGAACCGGGCCUUUGCCAUCUUCUUCAUAGUUUUCACCCUGAUCGGAAGCUUGUUUUUGAUGAACCUGCUGACGGCCAUCAUCUACAAUCAGUUCCGGGGCUACCUGCUGAAAUCUGUCCAGGCCUCACUGUUCCGGAAGCGGCUGGGCACCCGGGCUGCCUACGAGGUCCUCUCCUGGAUGGCGGACAGAGAAGCCCGCCCUCAGAGAGUUGGGGUGAAGGCCCAGGACCUCCUGCAGGUGCUUCAGAAAGUCCAGGUGGACAGUACCCACAAGCAGGCCAUCAUGGAGAAGGUGCGCUCCCAUGGUGAUGGCCUGCUGUCAGCUGACGAGUUUCAGAAGCUGUUCAAUGAGCUUGACAAAAGUCUGAUGAAGGAGCACCCGCCACGGCCCGAGUACCAGUCCCCGUUCCUGCGGGUUGCGCAGUUCCUGUUCGGCCACCGCUACUUUGACUACCUGGGGAACGUCAUCGUCCUUGCGAACCUCGUGUCCAUUUGUGUGUUCCUGGUGCACGACGCAGGUGUCCAGCCCCAAGACCGUGACGACUUCAUGCUGGGGAUUCUCAACUGUGUCUUCAUCCUGUACUACCUGGCGGAGAUGCUGCUCAAGGUGUUCGCGCUGGGGCUGUCGGGGUACCUGUCCUACCCCAGCAACGUGUUCGACGGCCUCCUCACCGCCAUCCUGCUGGUUCUGGAGAUCUCAACUCUGGCUGUGUACCGAUUCCCACACCCAGGCUGGAAGCCGGAGCUUCGGGGCCUGCUGUCGCUGUGGGACAUGGUUCGCCUGGUGAACAUGCUCAUCGUGUUCCGGUUCCUGCGCAUCAUCCCCAGCAUGAAGCUGAUGGCCGUGGUGGCCAGCACCAUCCUGGGCCUGAUCAGAAACAUGCGGGCGUUCGGCGGGAUCCUGGUGGUGGUGUACUACGUCUUUGCCAUCGUUGGCAUCAACCUGUUCCGGGGGGCCAUUGUGCCUCCUCCUGGAAACAUCAGCCUGGCUCCUAAUGGCUCGGCGCCCUGCGGCAGCUACGAGCAGCUGGAGUACUGGGCCAACAACUUCGACGACUUUGCGGCCGCCCUGGUCACGCUGUGGAACGUGAUGGUCGUGAACAACUGGCAGGUGUUCCUGGACGCCUAUCAGCGCUACUCGGGCCCGUGGUCCAAGAUCUACUUUGUGUUGUGGUGGCUGGUGUCGUCUGUCAUCUGGAUCAACCUGUUUCUGGCUCUCAUUCUGGAGAACUUCCUCCACAAGUGGGACCGCCGAGGCGAGCUGCAGUCCCGCUCCGGGGACCAGGUCACCGCGGUGGACCUCUUGUUCAGGGAGGUCCUGGAGGAGCCGACGGAGGAGGAGCUGAUGGCCAAGCUGCGGCAUCACCCCCACCUGCAGCUGUGCAGGUGACGUCCCGUGUGCCUCCCUGGCUGGCGGAUGGCGAUGUGGCCUGGGACCAACGUGGGUCCCGGGAGAGGCAGCUGCGGCCCGAAGGAGAGACAGAGCCACUCCGCCCCCGAGGCCGUGACAGAAGCGACAGAGCCGAGGCCUGUGCACUGCCGAGCGGAACGUGCAGCUUCUGUCGGCAGCAUCGCAGCACAUUGGCGCUUCGGCCGCGUCCACGCCGCGCCCUUACGUGAGCUGCUUUUACUUGUCUGAGUGUGGGAAGAGGGUGACUCCACAGGGACCUUUGAGACGGCCUGACAGCAAGAAGCAGGCCCCCUUGUGUCCCUGCGGUUUCCGUGGUGCCUUUGCUGCCGGCGGCCUUCAGGGACCAGAGGCCCCGUGGGGCCCGCACAGGCCGCCGGCAGCUUCCCAGGCCAGUAAGUGUGGAUCCUGGUGGCUUCGCACGAAGUGGGCCUUGGCUGUUUUCUUACUGUACGAAUUGUGUGAAUGUGAUUGGGUGUUUCCUUACGGGUCAGAAUGCCAAUAUCAAUGAGUUUUGCAAAGAA